GCAAGCCAAACAUAGGAGGCGGAAAAUGCAUUUUAGUCAAAAAUAAAAGAGUCAGAUGAUUUCCUAGUUUACUUCUUCAUUCACUUUCUGGUUGCUUUGUUGCUGUGGCUAUAAAGAAUGGAAAUCGGAGGCAGAAGAUUGAAAAACAUUGAAACAAUGGCGGUCGAAUCCGUUACACAAUCAGCACCACCACCGAGAUCAAAACGAAACAACACAUUCACGGAAAACCCGAAAAUACCCAUAGCAAUUGCUCUUCUAAUUGCCGAUGCAAUCUUCGUCUUCCUCAUAAUCGCAUUUGUCCCUUAUACAAAAAUAGAUUGGGAUGCUUACAUGUCACAGGUUAAAGGGUUUCUAGGAGGGGAAAGAGAUUACAAUAAUCUAAAGGGUGAUACUGGUCCUCUUGUUUACCCUGCUGGUUUUCUCUAUAUUUACUCUGCAUUUCUUUAUCUUACUGGUGGACAUGUUUACCCUGCUCAGAUUUUGUUUGGAUUUUUGUAUAUCAUUAAUCUUGCAAUUGUUCUCCUCAUCCAUGUCAAGACUGAUGUGCUUCCGUGGUGGGCUCUUUGCUUGCUUUCACUGUCAAAACGAGUGCAUUCUAUCUUUGUUCUUCGUCUCUUUAAUGACUGUGUGGCCAUGACACUUCUUCACGCUACAUUGCUCUUUUUCAUGCACCGAAGGUGGAAUCUGGGUUUGAUUGUGUUCAGUGCGGCUGUUUCGGUAAAGAUGAACGUGCUUCUUUAUGCUCCACCUUUACUGCUUCUCAUGCUAAAGGCUAUGGAUAUUGGUGGUGUGUUAUUGGCAUUAGCUGGUGCAGCACUGGUUCAGAUAUUAUUGGGGCUUCCUUUCCUGGUUUCACAUCCACUUGCAUACAUAUCAGGAGCCUUCAAUCUUGGCAGAGUCUUCAUCCAUUUCUGGUCUGUUAACUUCAAAUUCAUCCCUGAACCAGUAUUUGUAUCCAAAGGAUUUGCAAUCUUUUUGUUGGCUGCUCACCUCAUAGCACUUGCUGCAUUUGCACAUUAUAGAUGGUGCAAACAUGAAGGAGGUCUUCUCAAGUUUCUGCAUUCAAGAUAUGUCUUUAUGAGAAUGAGGUUUGCACUUUUGUUCUCCUCCUCAUUUAAGAAGCAUGGCAAGAGCAGUUCAUCAUCCAUCAAGAUCCUCACUAAAGAACAUAUUGUGACUACUAUGUUUGUUGGAAACUUCAUUGGCAUCGUAUGUGCUCGGUCGUUGCAUUAUCAGUUCUAUUCAUGGUACUUCUAUACCUUACCAUACUUGUUGUGGAGAACACGCUACCCAAGAUUGAUCCGAUUGAUUUUGUUUGUGGGAGUGGAGCUGUGCUGGAAUAUCUAUCCUUCAAACAACAUUUCAUCAGCUUUACUUUUCUGCCUUCACUUAAUUAUUCUCUGGGGUUUGUGGUCUGCUCCUCCUGAGUAUCCUUAUCCAGAAAAAGAAACAUCGUCCCAGAAAGACAAAUAGAAGUUCAAUGGUUCCACUUCCUCUAUUUUGUGGAGGAAUUGGAUGGCAAGUGAUUUUCCCUUAUCACUCCUCCCCCCUUUGAUGUAAAUGUUUGUUUGUGGUCUAUCUGAGAGAUAGUCUAUGAAUUGCUAUUUGCCCAACUGUGUUGUAAAAGAGAAUACAGAAUUUAGGAGCACCAAUCAGUUUAGAUUACGGGUGCCACAUUUUGACAAGUUUUUGUUUUAUUUUCACUUUCAUUUAUUUAUUCGAAAACUUUAUACUCAGUUAUGUUUUCAGGCUGAAUGUAUAUUAAAAGGAAUUAUAGGUGUUUGUGUUUGAUAGCAUAAAUGAGUUAUUGUCGAGUA